AUGCUUGCCACGCAAUUCCUCUUAGCUGCUCUUGUGGCCUCUGUUACAGCCACAGGCCAGUAUUUCAACAGCACGGACGAGGCCCCCAGCGUAGUGCGAAAGGCGCUUGAGCGAAUGGCGCAGGACCCCGACGGUCCCCAAGCAGACGUUGCCUACGGGAUCAGAAACGACUGCAAAUACCCCAUUCACGUGUACCGACACGGUGACCGUGUCAACUUCGUUAAGACCCUUGCGCCUAAUGAAGAGUUUGCCGAGAAAUACAAGGGCAACAAUCGCACCGCCUUGAACUUCUACGUUGCAUCGAAAGAUCGUGGAGGUUACACCAAGGAUGGCAACACCCACAUGGGUGUUCAUCAUUUUGGUCAGGAUCGCUACAGCAUUACCCAGCAGGGCCAUGCCCUCCGUAUUUACGGAGAGGAGGAGGAACAAGACUCAAUUGUGGCAGCCGCACAGGCCAUGACUUGCAAGAAAGGCGGCAGUCUAGCCUUCGGUGCUGCCGGAAUCGAGGUUUAUGGCAAGAUUAAGUGUCCUGGAAAGGAUAAUGCCAUAGGUCUGAGCGCUGCUGCAUGGAUCUACGCGUUCUGCGGUUACAAGAGGAACUACCGGUUUGAAAAUGGCGAACUGAUGGCUGGCGACGAGAUUGUGAACUGGGAGAUGUAG